AGGGGGUGAGAGAGAGGGAGAGAGAGAGGAGCAGGCGAGGGAGCGCGACGCGAGCCAGCAGCGCUGAGAGAAGACUCGGUGGAGCGAGAGGAGAGAGAGCGUCAGGGUCCGUGUACCUAAGGACGACAAGGAGAGGGGACGGACUGACGGACUGAGCGAUCGUCCGACAGACCGGCGGGCGGACUGACUGAAUGAAGCAGCGGCUGGUGCUUCUGACGGACUCUCCCAUGUUCUGAUCUGCUCCAUUCUCUUCCCCGUAAGCUCGGCCCCACUAAGCCGCUCUCAGCCAUGCCGUCCAACAGCCCCGCAGCCUCCGAACCGCCCGUGACCCUGGAAAACGACAUCGCCAACGACGUGAAUGAAGACGGAGCAGACCAUGACAGUCCAGAGGAGGGGACACCGGCGAGCCCCCGCACCAAGCGCAGAGUGGGCCGUCCCGGCAGGAAACGCAAGCAGCUGCUUCCUGAGACGGCGACCUCUGACCCCUGUGUAAUCGCCCCCCCAACCCCGCCGGAGGAGCCGGAGCCCUCCCCCUCCCCUCGCAAGAAGCGUGGGCGUCAGAAACUAGUGCAAACCGAGAAGAAUAAGGACGAGCCAGACGACAGAAACUACGACUCCCCCAAAGAGGGGGAGACUGGCAGGCUGCGGAGGAGGCCGGUCCCCAGAGUGACGUUCCAGGCUGGAGAUCCGUACUACAUCAGCAGGAGGCAGAAAGAAGAAUGGCUCAGCCGCUGGAAGAUGGAGGCAGAGCGACGGGCGUACAGAGAGGCGGAGAUGAACAUGAUGGACGAUCUAUCUGAAGGGGACUUUCAGAAGGAGGAGGAGUCAGCCAGCCCAGCCCCUCCCCCUUCACAACAACAAACAGCCCCAGCAUCACCGACAGUUGCUGUGACGCCAGAGCCAGUUGCCGGGGUAGAACGGGCCACGCCGAGGGAGAUAGAGUACCAGGAUGGCAGGGGAUUCGGCAUCGGUGUUCUGGUGUUCGGGAAGCUGCGAGGUUUCUCCUGGUGGCCCGGCAGAAUCGUCUCCUGGUUGAUGAGCGGCCGGAGUCGAGCUGCAGACGGAACUCGCUGGGUGAUGUGGUUCGGAGACGGAAAGUUCUCUGUGGUUUGUGUGGAGAAGCUGAUGCUUCUGAGCUCUUUCUCACCUGCCUUCCACCAGCCCACCUACAACAAACAGCCCAUGUACCGAAAAGCCAUCUUUGAGGCUCUGCAGGUGGCCAGUGUCAGAGCAGGGAGGCCAAUUCCUUCCUGUGAUGCGAGCGAUGAUGCAGAUGGGGUGGAGAUUCAAACCAGACAGAUAAUAGAGUGGGCCAUGAACGGCUUCCCACCCAAGGGUCCUCAGUCACUGGAGCCUCCGGAGGAGGAACGGAAUCCAUAUAAGGAAGUGUACCCAGAGAUGUGGGUUGAACCGGAGGCAGCGUACACGCCUCCACCCGCCAAGAAGCCCCGCAAGAACUCAGCUGAAAAAGCAAAGAUCAGAGAGGUGAUAGACGAAGGCACCAGAGAGAGACUCAUAUGUGAGGUCAAGAAGAAGACCAGAAACAUAGACGAUAUCUGCAUCUCUUGUGGAAGCCUCAACGUCUCUCUGGAGCAUCCUCUCUUCGGAGGUGCAAUGUGUCAGGGCUGCAAAAACUCGUUCCUGGAGUGCGCCUACCAGUACGACGAUGACGGCUACCAGUCCUACUGCACCAUCUGCUGUGGAGGCAGAGAGGUGCUUAUGUGUGGCAACAACAACUGCUGUAGGUGCUUCUGUGUGGAGUGUGUGGAUCUGUUGGUCGGUCCCGGCUCAGCGGCGACAGCCAUCAAAGAAGAUCCUUGGAACUGCUUCAUGUGUGGCCCCCGGAGCAGCUUUGGGUUACUGCGGCGACGGGACGACUGGCCCAGCAGACUACAACACUUCUUUGCCAACAACCACGAGCAGGAUUUUGAGCCAGCCAAGUUGUAUCCUCCAGUUUCAGCAGAGAAGAGAAAGCCAAUCAGAGUUCUCUCCCUGUUUGAUGGCAUUGCCACAGGCCUAUUGGUGCUGAAGGAUUUGGGCAUGCAGGUUGACAAGUACGUUGCCUCCGAGGUGUGUGAGGACUCCAUCACCGUCGGCAUGGUGCGACACGAGGGGCGCAUCAUGUAUGUGGGUGACGUACGAAACGUGACACGCAAACUCAUUGAGGAAUGGGGGCCGUUCGACCUGGUGAUUGGAGGAAGCCCCUGCAACGACCUCUCCAUAGUCAACCCUGCAAGGAAAGGCCUUUUCGAGGGAACAGGCCGCUUGUUCUUUGAAUUUUACCGCCUGCUGCACGAGGCUCGACCGAAAACGGGUGACGCGCGUCCGUUCUACUGGCUGUUUGAGAACGUGGUGGCGAUGGGAGUCAGCGACAAACGGGACAUCUCCCGCUUUUUAGAGUGUAACCCGGUGAUGAUCGACGCCAAAGAGGUCUCUGCUGCCCACCGCGCUCGCUAUUUCUGGGGAAACCUGCCAGGCAUGUCCAGACCUCUUACAGCCAUGAUGAAUGACCGGCUGGACCUACAAGACUGUCUCGAGCACGGGCGCACAGCCAAGUUUGAGAAGUUGCGUACGAUAACGACACGCUCCAACUCUGUGAAGCAGGGGAAAGACGAGCAUUUCCCAGUGUUCAUGGACAACAAGGAGGACAUCCUCUGGUGCACCGAGAUGGAAAGGGUCUUUGGUUUCCCCGUCCACUACACCGACGUCUCCAACAUGAGUCGUCUCGCCAGGCAAAGGCUGCUGGGUCGCUCCUGGAGCGUCCCCGUCAUCAGGCACCUCUUCGCCCCGCUCAAGGAGUACUUCGCCUGCAACUAGUCAUGCACCCUCUCUCUCUCUCUCUCUCUCUCUCUCUCUCUCUCUCUCUCUCUCUCUCUCUCUCUCUGACACACACACACAUACAGUACGUAAUGACAAACACACAGUAUCGAGAUAGUACAUGAAGGUUGGCUGAAACGGGACGACCGGACACACACACACACACAUACACACUGUAAAGGACUGCUUUCAUAUAUAUCAUGUAGACCCCUGGAUAACCUUAGUCCCCAGGUGCUACCUUGACAAGUUACACACACACACACACAUUAUAGAGCUACUACAUGAAGGUUGGCUGACCUAGAAUGACCCGACUCACACACACACACACAACCACACACAGACAAACACAAACACACAAUAUCAUGUAGAUAUCAUGGAUACCACUGGCUAACCUCAGUCCCCAGGUGCUACCUUGCGUGCUUGCUGAGUUACGCACACACACACACACACACACACACACACACACACACACACACACACACACACACACACACACACACUUACUUGUGCAGGGAUUCUGUACUGUGCUUCACAUAAUAACUUCCUGUCCGACCUUGAAACUGAUGUCUUCUGGCUUUACUGUGUCAUGGCAGCUGGAAUUCAACCUUCAGGGGGGCAAAGCUUACAAAGGAGCCCAAACUUUGUUUCCAACAACCCACAAUCAAAACACUUCUGAUCCAAAACACACAAAUACUGUAUUAAUGUGUAGUUACAGUACUGCUGUGUCAGUUAUUGAACUAGGUACUACAGUGCAAUGAACACAAACAGCAGUUUUCGCUCAUGGUGCUGGUCAGUGGAGUUCACAUGGUGCCGCUUUAAUACAACACUUUUUGGUGCUCGUGGAGACUGGCCGGCCUCUGGUUUUAUUCGGUCUCACAGUUUUGUGGCUCUAAUUUAGCUAACAAGCAGGAGGAAGCAACACUAAAGCGGGAAUUAUUACGUUCGAUAUAUUUGUCAGAUUUAGUGAAGGGGUGCUGGGGAGUUUCGAAAAAAGUAAAUAUGAUCACAUAGACACGUAUUUAGUGAUCAUAUUGUUAUUUGUGCAGUGUUCUCGGCGAAAAAGAUGCUCUGGAUCUACAAAUAAUUAACAAAACCUUAGACAGAUGUUUGUGUGGCAAAUAAUACCUAAAAACGGUCUUGAUCUUCUCCUUAGGGGGACAACGUCUGUCUUAAAUCUUGUUAGCCUUUCCCAUAUUGGAUUGGAUUUUUGAGGGAAUGCCACAGCAGUGAGAAGUUAUUUUUUUCCUUUACUCGUGUAAGAAAAUUCUAUUGUUUACAAAACACCUUUUUGUAAACUAAAAGUAACACCGAUUGGCAUGUACCGUCAAUAUUAGGCUUUUUAAAGUAACGUCAGAGCCGAGGUUGGAACGUAAACCUCUGCGGAUGCACAUCUUCCGUGUUUGAGCGCCCUCUGGUGGUCAGAUGCCACUAUGAAGAGAGUGCACAGCAAGGGCACACACUCAUGAUGGGGAGUAAAACAAUCAGUCAGCAGUCACUGGGUUACAACAACUGUAAGAAAGUAAUGGCUUUUAUACUCAAUACCUAUUAAUACUUAAUACCUAUGAGUGCCAGCAUUACGUUGUGUGUUAAAAGUGUAUUCUUUUUUUUGUAAUAUUUUAGGCAGUGAUUGUAUAUUGCGGUUAGCUGAUGCUUUGGUGAAUAUGGUGCAGUAUUCUGCACACUGGUAGCAUUUGACACACUAGCAUGUGUGUAAGCGUACUGUUGUAUUGCAUUGGUUACUGUUCACUGUUGCUCAAAUGAUGUUGUCCAUUGUUUGAUGGAGCCACAUUUAAAUGAUACUGUAAGUCACUGUAGUAAUCGUGUCUGAUCGCAGCUGUCCACUGAGGUUACUUUGGCCUUUGAGGUUGGAUAUUAUAUUUCUUAUUUACAUACUGUUUGUCCAGGUGAACAUAUCUGGACGGUAGAUGUCAGAAUACUGUAACGGGCCACUGUUGUAUCAUGCUGAUGUUGUAUACGGAGGGCAGUCUGUGUUCAGAUAAGCAGUCAUACUGUGAAAGGAUGACAGAAGGCAGUCUCUCUAUGUAGUCUGGUUUGUUUUUACCCAUCACGAGGGUAGCUUUGCUCUGCUUGCUGUGCAGUGAGAUUAUUUGUGCCUCCAGAGCGGCUCUGCCUCUGAGAAGCAUUCAACUAAACACCUGUGUACCUUUUUAGGGAGCUCAGAGUCAGUGGGGUAUUUGGUCUGGUGAAAGAGUUAAAAACGAGUCCCGGUCUUCCGGCUCCUGCUUUGCUUCAUAAGGAUCUAAGAUGUCCUCCGUCUAUCGCAGCGACGUGCACUGAAGCCAGAGGCCGACCUGUACUCUGUAGACAGGAUGCUGGUUUUCUACUUCCUACGACUGAAACAGACGGCCCUGUGUAAAUAACCGUUUCAGGGUUUCUUCUGCCUUUUAGCCCAACGCAUGCUGGGAUACACUCUGUGAUCUUGAAUAGGAAUAAGCAAACUGCUUGUUGUGAUAAGGAAAUGUUUCAAAGACACUCUCAUACACACAGACAGUGUGUGUGUGUCUUAUUUACACAGGGCUGUCUUCAGAGAUCUCUUUCAGUCUGGUGCUUUCGGACUUCAGGUGACCAUCUUUUUCCAGGAAGCCUUCCGAUCCUCUGACCUUCCUCAGAGACCAGUUAACAACUGGACACGCGCAGUCUAUGCUGACACACACAGACACACACGCACGCACAAACAGUUACAGAAACCAACAAUAAACCAGCAGGUUCAGCGUUUUUCUCCAUCAUGUUUACUCUUUGUUUAUACAACCAACCUCCAGGUGCUUUUUAAACUCUUAUACUCUUUUUUACAGUGGUGCAGGUUACACACACACACACGUUUGCUGGAAACACAGUGCCGACGUUCACGCAUUCUUCACGCAACUCGUUUAGCUACAAAACAUCAACACGCACACACAUGCAUACACACGUCAUCAUCCUGCGUUGCUUGGUGCUCCCGACCCCCCUUCCCAACUACCCCCCCCCCCCCCCUCCGCCCCCCCGGUGCUGCAUGUCAGUCAGUCAGUCAGUCAGUCAGUGUAAUCUCCGAUUCCAUGUUAGUUAGGGAGUAAUGAUAAUAAUAAUAAUCAUGGUAAUAAUAAUUACAAUAAUAAUCUGUUAUCGUGUGUGUGUACUGUUCCAGGUUGGUGCUCAGUUCAGUUCAGUCUCAGCCGGGAGGGGAGCGAGUGAGGCUGGAGAAAGCAUAUAUUACAGUUAGUAUAGUGACCUGUUCUGUUGUACCCGAGGAUGCCGGAGGGAAUAGUUGAGCCGACGAGCCGAACAGACACUCUCAAACCAGAGCACGUUGAAAUAACAUGAAACGACGGAUUGUCAAUGAAUAACCUGAAAUGAUAAAUAAAAUAAAUUCUCGAGAAGGGAGCUUUCUACCUCGGGGAAAAAUAGAGGAGAAUGUUUCCAUGUUAAAAAAGAAAAUCAGUCUGAAACACAAAAACAUUUUCAUGUUCUGAGAAGGGCAAAUCUUCAGAACAGUGUUUUUGGUAGGUUUAUUUGCAGAAAUGGCUGACGGACAACAAUGAAAAAGCCGUCAUGGGGAUUAGGAACCUUCACAGGGAUGCUACAAUCAUCGUAUUUAUCAAAGAAAGUUGUUGUUAUUUGAUUUCCUAUUUCAAAUAUUGAAUACGCUGACCUACUAUAUACAAGUAAUAGCAUCAUAUUAAACCUGUGACGAGGGGUCACAACUAGCUGUUUUAAAAGGCUCAAAAGGUCCAGAAAGUCAAAGCGAAAGAAAGAUUCAGCUCAUUUUGCGUGAUUUCAACAUCUGUUUGAGAGUGCCGACAGGCGAGAGCGAGAGGAUUGGAGUCGAUACUUUGAAACGAUGUGUGACACGGUGAUGAUGUUUCUGUUCGCCUAUCGACAGCUUUUAGGCUGAAUGACGCGCUGUUCUUUUAUCACUGAUACAUUCACAAACAUUUACAUAAAUCACACACACUCACACACACACACUCACACACACACACACACACACACUGUUAUUAACACACAGAUAAGAUGCAGAACACCUACACACACAAUGCUAAGGCGCAUGCAGACACUCAUCUCACAGACUAAAGGAAAGAUGAGCUUUUAAGAGAAGGAGGACCUGGUGGUGUUUCAAAAGGUGCUAAAAUUUUAUCUGAAAAUAAGAAAAAUAUAUUGUUAGGAGUAUAAAUCAAGUUUGUCUUUACAAUGACUGUAUUUAAGUUUGUCGUAGUAAUGAAAAGGCACUAUUAUUAUUUUACUCUUGUAUGAAUAUGAACUAAUUAAAAAGGCAUUUUAACUUUGUACUUGAACAAUGUAAGAAAUACCGUAAAUAAAAAAAAGGACUGUUUCUUGUGA